AACGUUACUUAGAAUUCAUAAAUUCUUGACGCUGGCAGUUGCAAUUGUGCAUUAAAUUCAUUAAAAUGACACAAACGCAUUUCGUAUUGCCGCUUUUGAUGCCCGAAAGGCAGUUGGUGCGCACCUUUCCAGCGCCCUACAACGAGGCCGUUUCACCCUUUGCCGAGGUGAAAGAUUUUUCCAAAGCCGUGCGCUUCGAGUCGCAAUGGCAGCCAAAACUGAAGUUGCGACCACGCAAAGUCAUACUCAUCGGCGAUGUGGCAGUGGGCAAGACGACAUUGGUGAACAGAUUUUGCUUCGAUAAGUUUGCGGAGAAAUACAAGGCGACUAUUGGCGUGGAUUUCGAAAUUGAGAAUUUCAAUAUUUUGGGACAGGGUCUUACGCUGGAAAUGUGGGACACUGCCGGCCAAGAGCGCUUCAAAUGCAUAGCACAAGCUUAUUAUCGAAAUGCUAAUGUUAUUAUAGUCGUUUUUGAUAUGUCCAAACCGGAAACGCUGAAUUCAGCAACCAAAUGGCUCAAAAGCGCACUGGCUGUUAAUACAAUACAAAUGCCGCUGACAUUUUUGGUUGGCACCAAGUCGGAUAAAUUGAACAGAGCAGAAUUCGUGCGCGUGGAGCGUUUGGCAGCAGAAAUCGCCGACGGCAUUAAAGCCGAGUAUUGGUCAGUUUCCGCGCGAACCGGUUAUAAAGUAGUCGACUUCUUUCAACGUGUAGCAGCGCUAUCAUAUGAGACCGCCUGCAAAGAGGCGAUAAUUGAGCGUCAUUUUAUGGAAAAAUCCGUUGCGGUGCGUUUACAGCGGAAGUCAAAACAAUGCGAUUUUCGUAGCAACCAAGCAGAUAGCAGAGCAGCGAAGGCCAAGGAAAGGAGUUUAUGUUUUUGUUCAUAA